CAAAUUGCUCAAAGUAGUAGGAAAUAGUCAAACACCCAGCAAUUUAUUUCUAUCUUCUCUUGUUAUAUUCUUCUUAUAUAAAUCACACCUCUGUUACCCCUCAUUUGUGCUCAUCUCUCUCUCUCUCUCUCUUCCCCUGUUUCUCUUUGUUCUUGAAGCUUUCUCUCUCUAAAACUACUUUUUUUUUCAAGUUUGAGAAAGUUUGAAGUGAAAUCUGAUCUGGGUCUUGUUGAUUUUCUUUAAAAAAAAAAAGUUUUUCUUUUUGAAGAAUUUUGGCGGGAAAAAGGUGAUAGAUACAGGAUGGAUGUAUCUAUAGCUUUGUUGUUGUUUACUGGUGUGACAGCUUAUCUAAUGUGGUUCACCUUCAUGUGUCGGUCAUUAAAGGGCCCACGUGUAUGGGCUUUAUUCGGCAGUCUACCGGGCCUGAUCGAGAAUUCGGAUCGGUUGCACGACUGGAUUGCUGAUAAUCUCCGGGCCUGUAACGGGACUUACCAGACGUGUAUCUGUGCAGUCCCGUUUCUGGCCCGGAAACAAGGACUGGUGACGGUCACUUGUGACCCAAAGAAUCUUGAACACAUACUUAAAACCCGAUUCGAUAAUUACCCGAAAGGCCCAACUUGGCAAGCUGUUUUCCAUGAUCUGUUGGGGAAAGGGAUCUUUAACUCGGAUGGUAACACGUGGCUUCUCCAAAGGAAGACGGCCGCACUUGAGUUUACCACACGAACCCUUCGACAAGCCAUGGCUCGAUGGGUGACUCGAGCCAUCAAGAAUCGGUUUUGUCCGAUUUUGGAAUGGGCUCAAGUCAAGGGUGAGCCCGUAGAUCUGCAAGAUCUUUUGCUACGGAUCACCUUUGACAAUAUUUGUGGUUUGACUUUCGGGAAAGACCCUCAAACGUUAGCCCCAGAGUUGCCCGACAAUAGCUUUGCAUUGGCUUUUGAUCGGGCAACUGAGGCUUCGUUACAACGGUUUAUUUUCCCAGAAGUUAUUUGGAAAAUGAAGAGGUGGCUUCGGCUUGGCUUGGAGGUCAACUUGAGCCGAAGCCUUGUACAUGUGGAAGAGUACUUGUCCGGCAUCAUCAGUACACGUAGGCAUGAACUGUCCAAUCAGCUUAAAGAUGGAAGCUUACAUGAUGACCUGUUAUCAAGGUUUAUGAGGAUGAAAGAAUCAUAUUCUGACAAGUUCUUGCAACACGUGGCACUUAACUUCAUCCUAGCUGGACGUGACACGUCAUCGGUCGCUAUGAGCUGGUUUUUCUGGUUGGUGAUUCAAAACCCAAAGGUUGAAGAAAAAAUCCUAAAGGAAAUAUGUAGGGUGUUGUUGGAGACACGUGGCGAUGACGUGGAGAAAUGGCUCGACGAGCCAUUAGGGUUCGACGAGGUGGACCAAUUGGUUUAUUUGAAGGCGGCAUUGUCUGAAACUCUUCGGCUAUAUCCGUCAGUGCCAGAGGACUCAAAACAUGUGGUUUCGGAUGAUGUGUUGCCGGAUGGAACUUUUGUUCCAGCCGGAUCAUCGGUUACUUAUUCAAUAUAUUCUGCAGGUAGAAUGAAGUCGACUUGGGGUGAAGACUGUCUCGAGUAUCGGCCAGAGAGGUGGUUGUCACCAGACGGUACAAAAUGCAUAAGAUACGAUUCGUAUCGAUUCGUUGCAUUUAACGCGGGACCAAGAAUAUGUCUAGGGAAAGAUUUGGCUUUUUUGCAAAUGAAGUCCAUAGCGGCGGCAGUGCUGCUCCGCCACCGUCUUGCGGUGGUGCCAGGACACAAAGUGGAGCAAAAGAUGUCAUUGACAUUGUUCAUGAAGUAUGGGCUAAAAGUCAAUGUGUUUGAAAGGGAUUUGAGGCCAAUCAUGGAUAGUGUGAAGGGGGCCAGGGUGGCAACUAGCGGCGGUGCAGCGACAACAGCAGUUGGGGUUGUUUAAUAGAAGCUUUAAUUUUGGUUGUUGAGUCGAUUUUUAUAGAUAUAAAGUAUGAUGAAGUAGGUUGAAUUUUGAAUACCAUUAAUUUUAUAUUUUGGGU